AUGGAUUCAAUAGAUGAGCAAAUUGCUACAAAGCAAAAAGAACUUCACUCGUUACAAAAGAUAACCAGUUUAACCGAUGGUCUAAAAAUUCAGCUAACAGAGCUGAAUAAACGGGUAAAAGAAAUGGGGACCAAUGCAGAAUCGGUGGCGGAAUUGAUGAAUAACUGGGAUUCUAUAAUAAACAACAUAUCACAAGCUAGUUUGGGAUUAUUACAAUAUGCAGAGGGUGAUUAUGAGAUAGGGCCAUGGAAAGAUUUUAAAAGAAGCGAACCAGAACCAUCAGGCGAAACAGACCCUGGUACUCAAAGGACUGACAAGAAUAGCGAAAGUAAUGGUGAUGAUGAAGAUCUGGUUCCUUUGCCGGAGACAAUGGUCAGAAUUAGGGUAGAUGGUAAUGAAUAA